AGUAACGUCCUGGGCCUAAUAAAGUACAAUUUAUAGAAGUAAGCGUGUCAAUACUUCCUAUCCGUGACCUACUGCUCACUAUGGAGCUCGUUUCUUGCUGGAACCGUGAGGUUACGAAGACCAUUGGACCAAACGAGAUACUGUUAUUUCAUCAACAAACCUCAAAUCAAACAGAAACUCAAGAUCCAAAGACAAAACAUAGCGCCAACUUGAUAAGGAAACCGCGUAUUUGCAGUCACAGUAUCAAUAAAUUUAAUAAGUGGCACCGAACAAGGAAGACCAAGUUGGCGCCAUCUGACGCGUAAAAGACAGACUAAAAAAAGUCGAAAAUGGUCAAGGUAGCAAUUGUUUUAAGGAGUAAAGUAGAACCAAAAGUACAAGCAAAUGAUUUGAAGCUUUGAAGGUUGGAAUGGAAUAAUAACAAAAUGAGCGAUAUUAAUAAAGAUUUAUGGUUUGUGAUCCAACGUACUGAUAUACACGGACUUAGUAAUAUUAAUUAUGAGAGUAUGAGUGUUCAGAAAACAUUACUACCUCCACAUUCAACAUUUGAAGAAUUGAAAUCAAUUGUAUUUUCUAAGGAAAAAAUUGAAGACAAUAACUCAAAAAUUAUUAAACUUAGAAAAUAUGAUAAUACUUUGAUUCCGUAUUCUUUUCUUCUGCAAGGCUGUACAAAGGACAAGCCUUUUAUUAUUGAGAUUGUUAAUAUUCAUCAAUUUUGUCAACCGGAUAAAAGAACGAUUUCAUUAGAUUAUGUCGAAGCAAUCAAAUCAAAAAUAAUUGAGCUUGAAAAACGUAUUACAGCACUUGAAAAAAAAAUGCCCAAUAUUGCUGCGAUUCACAAUCAAAAAAUAGAAGAAACAGUAACUCAAAUAUCAAAUCUAAUAACAUUUUUAAACCGAAGGGUUGAUGAGCUAACUCCACCUGAUUGGAUUACUUGAAGAUCACUCAGAAUAUUCGUAGUUUUCAUACGAGAACAAAAUUUAAUUAAUUACAUGGGAAUGUAAUCAAAGAAACGGAGAGUCAGAAUAUGCUGACAAUAAAUAACGAUGUCAAUCCAUUGACAGUCAGUUUCCUCUUCCAGAUUUCUCUACUGUAAUUGAUAUAAUUUGAUUGAACGGAUUGCAACAAGAAGAUUUAAUGUUCCCUAAAAACAGUGCUGAGCGCAGCGGGUGACGUAUCUUCAGAGGACCAUAGAAGUUUCUAUUGUGGAUUUAUGUUUGAAAUGUUUGCUGGAUUUCCGGCAUGUCUUGGCCUACUUUCGAUCGCACAAAAUAUGCACAAAAAUUGCAUACGCACAUCGUCCAAGCAAUAGGACAUCAUAUUUACGAUUAUCUAAAUGCGAAUGUAAUAUCGCAGAUCAUGAACCUGAACCUAACUCUAAGUGUCACCAAAUUAACUCGUGAUAUUCAUAUUCAUAAUACUAAAAAAGAACAUAUCGUAAUAUAAAACAGACAUUCCUAAUGAAAGUCAGCGAAUAACAACGUUUCGUUAUUUAUAGAGCUCUUCUUCUCAGUAUCAUAUACCCUGAAUCAUAAACUUUGAGUCAGCAUUGAAAUGUUACUGUGUGACCAAUGUAUCAAAAUAAAGAAAACUAUCAGAUUUGAU